CUGCUCUGCUCCUCACACACACACACACACACACACAGUGAGUGAGGAGGACGCAGAGAAGGAAAGAUGUCCGGCCUCACGCUGCUGUUGUCCGCCUCUGUGACUGUGUGUCUGCUGUGGAGCGGCGGCCGCGGGGCGCUGGUGCUGCGGGACGCGCUGGAGCGAGGCCCGGUCAGUCUGAACGACAUGUUCCGGGAGGUGGAGGAGCUGAUGGAGGACACUCAGCAUAUCCUGGAGGAGGCGGUGGACCAGAUAAAUACGGAGAGCGCCAAAUCGUCUCUAACGUCACCCAACCUGCGUCCCAUGUUCAGCAACGGAACUGCGGUGGUGGUCAAGAAUAAUGGACACAGAGCUACCCAGGUCCUGAAUAGGAUGGACGAGGAAACAGAUAACACAACUGGAGACACUCGUCUGUCACACGUGGAGGAUUCUGGUCCAUGGAACAGCGUGGAUCACGAAUGCAUGGUGGACGAGGACUGUGGGGACCUCAGUUACUGUCUGUACGAGAUUCACAGCUCCAAGUGUCUGCCCUGUUUAAUCACUGACAUGCCCUGCAGUAAAGACGAGGAGUGCUGCUCGGAUCAGAUGUGUGUGUGGGGCCAGUGCACGGUCAACGCCACCAGAGGGACAGAGGGGACGAUCUGUCAGGGACAGAACGACUGCAGGGACGACCUCUGCUGCGCCUUUCAACGAGAGCUUUUAUUUCCAGUGUGUAACCCCAAACCAGGGAAGGGGGAGUCCUGUCUCAACUACCCCAACCUGUUGAUGGACAUGCUGGCCUGGGACGAGGAGGUGCCGCGUGACCACUGCCCCUGUGCCGAACACCUCCAGUGCCAACCUCAUGGACGCAGAUCUAUUUGUUUGGAGUUGACUGAAGAAUGACAAUCGUGAGGAGGUUUAUUUUGUACGAUAAUUAUUUUAUAUUAAACGUCAUAUUCCUGUCCUGAAGGACACGGGUCUACAUGUUGCACUGUUAUUUAUCUGUAUGUGUAAAUCAUGACGGAAAUAAAAGACUGGUUUCUUUUUGUAAGAAGAAAAGAAACGGAA